GAUUUAGGACGCGCGGGGCGGGGCGGGCCGGAGCCGGAGACCGGGACGGGGACCUAGACUGAGCCCGAGCCCGAGCCCGAGCCCGAACCCGAGGGGCGGACUGGGAGCUAGCGGAGCCGGCGUGCCGGAGCCGGCUGGCGGGGGCGGGCCGGGCCCUGCCAUGGCGAUGUUUCGCAGCCUGGUGGCCUCGGCGCAGCAGCGGCAGCACCCCCCGGCCGGAGCCCCCGCGAGCGCUCCGCAGCCCCCGGCCGGGCCCGGCGCCGGAGGCGAGAGCGGCCUGGAGGCCCAGUACAGCUGCCCCAUCUGCCUGGAGGUCUACCACCGGCCCGUGGCCAUCGGCAGCUGCGGACACACAUUCUGUGGGGAGUGUUUGCAGCCAUGUCUCCAGGUGCCAUCUCCUCUCUGCCCACUCUGCCGAAUGCCCUUUGACCCAAAGAAAGUGGACAAAGCCUCCAAUGUGGAAAAGCAGCUGUCAUCCUACAAGGCUCCAUGCCGGGGCUGCAGCAAGAAGGUGACUCUUGCAAAGAUGAGGUCGCACAUUUCUUCCUGCAUGAAGGUCCAAGAGCAGAUGGCCAACUGUCCCAAGUUUGUCCCGGUUGUGCCAACAUCCCAGCCCAUUCCCAGCAAUAUCCCAAACAGAUCCACCUUUGUGUGUCCAUACUGUGGAGCCCGCAAUCUGGACCAGCAGGAGCUGGUAAAGCACUGCAUGGAGAAUCACCGCAAUGACCCCAACCGAGUGGUCUGCCCCAUCUGUUCAGCUAUGCCCUGGGGUGACCCCAGCUACAAGAGCGCCAACUUCCUGCAGCACCUCCUCCAUCGACACAAAUUCUCCUACGACACCUUUGUGGACUACAACAUCGAUGAAGAAGCUACGUUUCAGGCCACCCUGGCGCUGUUCCUGUCUGAGAACUGAAGGCAACCUUGGCUGGGUCCAAACCCAAAUCUGUGGUCAAAAGUCACCUUUUCCACAUGGAGGGACAAGAGGCUUGCUCAUUCUUCAGCAUUCCCUAGUUAGGCCCUACCGUCACCUUUAUUUCAAUUGCACCUUUCUUAACAAGGUGGAAUCUUUAUUCCUUGCACAAGGAGAGCAGGCCAACCCCAGGGGCCAGUCCUCAGUGCUGUCCCGUGGGUGGGAAAAGAUUGAUGCACCUUUUACCAGUUCAAAGGUUCAGUCUAAGUGAGGACUUUCACCUCUCUUCUGGGUUGUUUGGUGUUUGGAGACCCAGAUGAUCCCUAGAGGGCAGCUGAGUAGAGGGAGAAAUGUUUGGCUCUGCAAAAUCAGAGCAACCUUGAGUUCUUUUCUCUCUAAACAGUGGUUUGGCUUUCAUGCUUCUUAAGAAUUCAUGGAGAGCCCUGACUCUAUCAUUGUUGAUCCAGACAGGUUAAACUUGAAGGGAGUUGGAGAGGUGGGAGAGACUGAAAGAGAAACUUAGCUGAAGACCUGAACAGGAGGAAUGUUUCCUAAGCCUCAUCCUGACACCUGGCAUUCAGUAAAGUUUCCACCUUGCUCAUUUGGUACCAGCUUUUGUGAUACUUAGAGAUUCUGGCAUUUUUCUAUAUUAACCAGUGGGAUAACUUUUUCACAUUUUAUAGAGUGAGGAAAAAAGCAGAUACUCUUCCUAUUGCAAUAUCUGUGUUUGACUAGGCAUAAUAGUAUUUUUAUGGAACAUUUAAAAAAUCAUAUUUUUUUAAAAAAAAUUCAAAAAGAAACCUAGUAUAGGAUCAGCAUAGGGGGAGUGACAGGGAGCCUGGGGAAGUCAGAACCAAAACUGGAAUUCGAAGGGGUUUUUCCACUCGUGCUUGUGUGAUUUUGAGGUGGCCACGUUCAUUAGAUUAUUUCUAUAUUUUUAAGGUUUUCGUUGUGUCUGUUUACCUUUUGCUAAUAAAAGAGACUCCCAGCCCCUUGUGCAAGCAGUGACGCUGCUGGGGUGUCAGGUUCUGGGGCCCAGAUGCAUCUGUACACAGUGGAAACAGCAGAGUUUCUCCCAGGCUUGGGAGAAGACUAGAGCAGAAGGGAGACUGGAGAAGAGGUGCCUCCCUGGCCCCUUUUAUCACCUUCCCAAAGAGAUGACUGGAAUUUGCUCCUCAGGCAGAGGCUUGGGGGCAGCCUCACUGAAGGACAGGGUCUCGGGCUCUGUAGCAUCCCACAGAGCCAGGCCCAGGGGAGCAAUGUGGAGCUGUGGACCAUCUUCCCUGGCCAGUACUUGGGCUCAGCUUUGGGGCUUGGGAAGAAGGUUGUCCAGCUUUCUGGUUUGUUUAAUAAUAUAAAUUAUUGUUGUCUUUUUUAAAAAAUAAAAUAAAAAGUUUCAGAGCAUCUGCA